UAUUAUGUUUAAUGAGCUAUUGUGUAAGUGGUGUAAUUCAGCCUGUGUUAAUGUUGUGUUUUUAUAUACUCGAUUAAAAUGGUUAUUAAAUGCAUUUUGCAUUAAGUGAAUUUCUCAAGGCAAUGAAAAAUCUUAUUAAGACGGAUAACCUAACCUGUACGCAUUUGCAUUAUAUUAAGCAGACAUAUUAUGUUAUACAUAUACUAUGCCAAGAGAGGACUGGGGCCUCCCUGUAAAACCACGAUUGACCCAAACUGAGCUGCAAUAAAACUGAAUCACACCUACAUGAGUUACACCAAAAUAAACCGAUUGCCGUACUCAAUCGGAACCAAUCAAGUCCGAUUUGUCGACGAAGUUGGAAGUGUAGUCACAGUGUCUUUUUCCAAGUUACCUAAAGAAUUUGUGAAGUGCCAUACAAGCGAUUUAGCUUUCAAUGAAUGUGUUAGAGCCGGAUUACAAAGCGCGAUUCCUCACUUAGCAAUGGGUAUCCCUAGUUUGGGCUUGCGUAAAAUGGAUCCAUUGAGAAUUUCAAAAUUAGGAAUAGACCAAGGGAUUCAAUCAAUCAAACUCAGACUCAACUUUAAGGAUUUGGAUAUAAUAAAUAUGAGAUCUUUGAUAAUAAAAAAAGCCACUUAUGAUCCGUUAAACUACGGUAUGUCAAUUGAAUCUGAAGCUCAAAAACCAAUUAUUCUACAAGGACUAUACGAAAUGAAUGGACAGAUAUUAGUUUUACCCAUUAUGGGAAACGGACGAUGCAAAAUUAGCUUAGAAAACUUCAAGCUUACUGGUAUAUUGCAAAUGACACAAUCAUUAAAAAAUGGAAGUAUAUUCUUAGAAAUACAUGAUUUAUCUUGGAAAUUUACUACUUCAAGAAUAAAUAUUAAGUUCGAUAACUUAUUUAAUGGAAACAAAGUUCUUGGAAAUCAUAUGAAUAAUUUUCUUAACGAAAACUGGCGAGAAUUAUUUGAUGAAAUGCAAUCGGGAUUCGAACAAGCAUUAAGUUUUACUUUUAUGGGAAUUAUCCAGCAGUUUUUGAAUCAAGUCCCGCUAAAGCAAAUUUUUAAUGAUUAAAUAUUUAAGUUUUUAUCAGUUAUUUU